GGCUGCUGCCUUCCUGCUUUCUGUUUUUCUGCCCAGGUGUGAAUGCGCCCUAUAACUUCUAUUGUAGACCUCGCUUUAGUUUAAUCGGAUCUUGAUAAAAGUGGCUCUAGAACGAGCAAACUUCAAAUCUUAUAUAUUUUGCAAUAAUGGCACUGUUAUAUCGAUUUCUUGGACAAUUUAGGAAAAAUCUAAUUUUUCCUGAACCUAACAGGGGUAUAUCGUUAUCUGCAACCGCGCAUUUAAGAGAAAUUGUAACAAAGAAGGAAGGUAAUACAUUAACCAUCGAGGGUGUAAGUGUAUCAGAUAAAAAUGCACAUCGGCAAUUGAAACUGAAAUCAAAAGCUUGUCCUAUUUGUGCUACAAAACUUGAUGUUAAACACACAGAUGUUCUUAUUCUGAGUCAGUUUGUACGAUCCGACGGUUGCAUGUUGCCACGCAGAAUAACUGGUCUAUGUAAAAUACAACAGAAAAGAAUUGGUAUUAUGGUGUCUAUGGCUCAUAAAGCAGGUCUGAUGCCAAUAUUAGCUCCUGAAAGAAGUAAAAAAGAUCUCUCACAUAGAAGAAAAUGGAAAAAAUAUAACACAUACUUUGAUGAGAACACCAUUAAACAUAAAUAUCUGCCUCAUAUAAUAAACGCAGUACCUAAAUAUAUAAAGUAGCAUAUACACUCAUAUAUAUGUAUAUGUAUAU